GGCAAUAGGCACUGGGCGCCGCAACAACACGCCUAAACCCUUAGGUGCCUGCAACUACUGCUUUCUGCUUUGGUUCUUGUGGAAUCUCGCCUUCUGGAGUUUGAUUUGUUCAACGAUGGCGGCUGCUUCUUUUGCCAUUCAGUCUCCUUCGUUUCCAAAAGGUAUACAGUACCGUUCAAACCAUGUAAUCUCGAAACCUUCAGUUACCUUCAGAUAUUAUACGCAGUCACUUACAGUAAGGUCUGCUGUGUCGGAGAACCGUAGUACCGUCACCGCCGAGCCAAAGGAGAAGAAAUUCCAGCACAGCUUCAGUAAGUCUGGUGACGGGUUUCUUCACUGCGAGGGCCUGAACGUUCAAGAUAUAUUGGAUUCGGUGGAGAAGAGGCCGUUUUACCUCUACAGUAAGCCCCAAAUUACCCGAAACUUCGAAGCAUAUCGGGAAGCGUUGAAUGGCUUGAGAUCGAUUAUCGGUUAUGCAGUCAAAGCCAAUAAUAACCUGAAAAUUCUUGAGCAUUUGAGACGAUUGGGUUGCGGUGCCGUGCUAGUCAGCGGGAAUGAGCUGAAAUUGGCGCUUCGCGCAGGGUUUGAUCCAGCAAGGUGUAUAUUUAAUGGUAAUGGGAAGCUCUUGGAGGACCUGGUACUGGCUGCCCAAGAAGGAGUUUUUAUUAAUGUGGACAGUGAAUUUGAUUUGGAAAAUAUUGUGUUAGCAGCUAGAACUGCUGGAAAGAAGGUCAAUGUUUUGCUUCGGAUCAAUCCUGAUGUUGAUCCUCAGGUUCAUCCUUACGUUGCUACGGGGAAUAAAAACUCCAAAUUUGGUAUUAGAAAUGAGAAGCUGCAAUGGUUUUUGGAUGCUGUGAAGGCACAUCCUUUGGAGCUGAAGCUUGUGGGGGUCCAUUGCCAUCUUGGAUCUACCAUUACCAAGGUGGACAUAUUCAGGGAUGCUGCAAUCCUUAUGGUGGGCUUCAUUGACCAAAUCCGAGCCCAAGGCUUUGAAAUUGAAUACCUCAACAUUGGAGGUGGUCUUGGAAUAGAUUAUCUUCACACUGGUGCUGUCCUUCCAACACCCAUGGAUCUCAUCAACACUGUCCGGGAGCUGGUUCUUUCUCAUAACCUUAAUCUCAUCAUUGAACCAGGGAGGUCACUUAUUGCCAACACUUGUUGCCUUGUUAACCGAGUAAUUGGGGUCAAAACAAAUGGGACCAAAAAUUUUAUUGUUAUUGAUGGAAGCAUGGCUGAACUUAUCCGACCAAGUCUUUACGAUGCUUAUCAACACAUAGAGUUGGUUUCUCCCCCACAGCCUGAUGCAGAGAUUUCCACAUUUGAUGUGGUAGGCCCUGUCUGUGAGUCUGCAGAUUUCUUGGGGAAGGACAGAGAGCUCUGUACUCCUGCUAAGGGAACUGGUCUUGUAGUUCAUGAUGCAGGAGCAUAUUGCAUGAGCAUGGCAUCAACGUACAACCUCAAGAUGCGGCCACCUGAGUAUUGGGUUGAUGAAGAUGGAUCUGUGGCCAAAAUCCGGCAUGCAGAGACAUUUGAGGACCAUAUGAGAUACUUUGAGGGACUUUGAUAAGAUGAUUAUUGUUCAGCAACCAUUGAUGGGGACUGGUAAGGUUCUUGAGCUUGCUAUUGUGAAGAAUGCAUGGUGCGCUUGUUUCCAUGCAUGUAUUACAAUGUUGUGUAUCUGAAUGUUCUGUUAUAUUUUAUUAUUUGAAUUACAGCUUUUCAGUCCUGCCUUGCAUCAGCUGAACAGUCAGU